AUGGAGCUCGGGGAUGCCGUGAUAGGCCACAUCACGAGUGCAUUCGUGCUUGUGUUCGGCUUUAUGGUCCCCGCUGUACACAGCGUUGUUAGCUGGGAGACCAACCUCAGUCCCAUCGUUCCGCUCGUGUCGGGUACUGGUACUGUUUCACUGCGCGACGACGGUACCAUCAGCGCAAGGAGUCUGAAUCAACUCGACCUUAACAGCGAGAAGUGCCACGGACAUUCGCAAGUGUCAUGGCAAGGGGCAAUUGCCAUCCAGCCAUCCGUCAAACCGACGUCUACCACAAACAUCAAGAUGACCGACUCCGCCGGUGCGAAAAUGAACGCUGCGACCAUCGCCGAGCCCUUCAGCUUGGCCCGUGGGUCCCAAGCUCGUGGGUUUGCUGGCUCACGGCCCAAGAAGUACGCCGAGUGGACGGGCAAGGCCUGUGCACGCGACGGCAUCCGCUACGAGCUGCGCGAAGUGCCCAAGGACGAGCUGCUGGAGGCUUUGGAGAAGGCCAACAAAGACUCGGAUGUGCACGGUAUUCUCGUGUACUACCCGUGCUUCGGCGCCUUCCCGAGCUUCUUCGGUGGCACCAUGGACGAUUUUUUGCGCGACAGCAUCAGCAUUAAGAAGGACGUGGAAGGACUGUGCCAAUUCUACCGUGGCAACUUGUACCGUAACAUCCGCUACGUAGACGACGAGAAGACGCAAAAGUGCGUGCUGCCUUGCACACCUUUGGCAAUUGUCAAGAUCCUCGAACACCUUGGCGUUUAUGACAAGACCAAGCCUACUGGCGACCACUUGUCAGGUGUUAACAUCACGGUUGCUAACCGUAGUGACAUUGUAACAGCGAACGUCUCCUACUCGUUCACUUGCAGAGGUCGUGUACGAUGUCUGGACAGUGAGUACGACGGAAGAAGUAAGCGUUAA